UCGAGAGUGUGCCUUCCCCUUUGUGCACAACCAUUGGAAUUUUCAUCUUCCCGGUGGAUUUUCAAAGUUUGGACUUAGGAGUGUCAAAGGAGGCCCAGUGGUGUUCCCUUGGAGAUCUGGUGUCAUCGUCAGGAAGAUGAGGCAGAUCUCCCGUCUACUCCUCCUUCUGUCCUUCAUCUCUCUGAAUUCCUCUGCCCAGUCAGAAUCGGCGGUCCAGACUACAUCAAACGGCCAACCGGCAUUUUUUCGUCUGUCGAACAAUGCCAUCGUCGUCAUAGGUUUCAGGACUGAACACCCAUGGCCACGUAUCAAGUACACAGUGUCUGAUCUAGGAAAAGAAAUACUUAAAGGAAAGUUUAAUUCAUUUGAAUGGACAUCACAGUGGAUACCACUUAUCAUAGAUACAAAGGUAAUAAACGGAGCCAACCUGGAGGAUCCACAAGGACUUGAUACGAGAUAUGUCUCCUUAUCAAGUACAGAAGAGGUUCAGUGGCUAAUGAUGACGUUACCUCUCAAAGAUCAUGAGCUGCAGAAGGCAACUCCGGGGGAAGAAGUCCUUCUUGACCUUCCCGAGGAAGACGAUGUGUGGGUGGCUUUCUGGAACAAACUUGGCCGAGAAUUCAGAACUGAACUCGUGUUGAUCAACGAGCAGAAAACAUACCAAUAUCUCAACAUAAGUACAUCAAAAGACUGGUCAAUUAUCUGCAUCAAUGACGAGCGGAUCCUUUAUGGAAAUAAUUAUUAUGCUCACCCUCUAAGUAACAAAGGCCUGAAAGGAAGGCGGUUGCAGAUGAAAGCGACAGCGAAGUUCACUUCCAAGUGUUCUCCGUUCCUUUGAGGUCAACAGAUGCAGCCCCACCACCAGCCACAUUCCUCAUCGCCAUAGCAGUCGUAGCAACCUCUGUUGUCAUUCUGGGAACUUUCUUCGGAUGCAGGUUCUUCUGGAAGAAGAGAAAUGCAGGACCGACUGAAGGUGCAACAGUUGCAGUGUCCACCAUAAACAACCCCAGCUCCGCCAAUGAAGUAGUACCAACGGAAGAACACUUCGGAGCAAGUGAAAACAUGCUUUACGGCUUUGUCAUCCGCAGAUGAUUCAGCAGUCAGGAACAGACGCAUGACGUCACUCGUGGGGAAAGUUGGACGUGUCUGGUUUGUGUAGUAUGUCCUGUCUCAGAAACAAUUAUUCAACUGUGAUAGUUUUUUUAUUGUAAGGAACCAUUUUCUAAAUAAAAGGUAUAUGCUUCCAUGAAAGUCAGUACUAUUUGAAAAAAUCACUAGUUUUUUUAUGGUAAAUUUUACUCAGAUUGUGGAGAAAUGAUUUAUGAUCAAUAAAUGACCGUGGCUAAAUACCACUGCUUUGUCAAGAAGGGCUCAAAAGGACCAGUCUCCUUAUGGUAAUCAAAUUUGUAAUGAGAACCUUUUUCUUGGCAGUUGUCACUCAUAAUUUGCAGACUGAAAAUGACAUUACAUUGCUUGAAUUGAAGCUCUUCUUUAUUAGCUGUAUUUACUUAAAGACGUUUGAAAGUUUGAAUGUACACUGAAGACUCUAGAAGGGCAUCAUCCCUGUUUAUCUGAUCUUAAAUCACCAGGUCCAUCUUAUGGAAGUUUGUCUACAAAAUGAAACUAGAUAAACAGCCAU